CGUCACAAAUUGGACUCAGUUGGCCAGCGUCAGGAUGCUGCCGUGGGCAAGAUCCAACCUGAAUCACACAGCUCAAGCUCUCAUCAUCUCAACAGUUGCUGGUGCUGCCUACUUCAUUGUUGCAGACAAGACGGUGCUGGCAUCGGCCAGGAAGAACUCCUUCACGGAUGCUCACCUAUCCGACAAAAAGCUUGGUUCCUAAUCAAAAAAAAUGUAUUUAACUUGCUCUGAUGAUCGUGUUCUAAAAGAGCAAAGAUGUAUUGCAUGCACAUCUCAUAAUGGCUAAUAAAGAUGAGAUAGUGGUUUGGCGAGAUCGCACCAAUUAUUCUUGUGAAAUCUAAUUACUGAUAUAACAAUCCCGUUUAGCUUUUACAAAAUUUGGCCCAAAAAGAAGGCAUGAGAAACCGUCACGAGGCCUAUGGAUGGACUUCAUACAUGCGCCUGUCGAUGACUUGUAUCGCGAGGCUGCUGUUCGGCCGUCCAAUUCAUUCAGAGUAGAGCCUCGAUCCAGUUUGACCCAUGUGGCCAUGAAAAAUUUCACGAACGCUUUAUAUAUAUAUAUAUAUAUAUAUAUAUUAUAUAAACGAAAAUGAGGGACUCCAUUAGAUUUGACAGAACUAGCAGUGUAGGUCACUACUGAAUGAGAGUGUACGUUCUGUACCCAAAAAAUAAAAAAGUACGGUCCUACCUUCAGGUAACCUUUAUACAUAGACUUUAUGCCGGCUAAGGAAAAGGACAUUGUAGCAAUAACACAGUAUGAGAUACGUAGAGGCUUCAACAGCACCUUGUGUGCAGAUGAGUCCAAGACUGUUUUACAGGUCUAGUUUUCUUGCUGCUUAUCUCCACUAUUUAAAGAUUUGAUCUCUGUCUGAGAGGGAGAGGUUUCUUGGGCCCUCUAUGUAUGCAUGUGUACGUAUAAUCGAGAGAAAAAAGAUAUAUUAUAGUAAGUUAUUUCGUAUUAUAUUAGUCAAUCAAUAAUGGGCCGGAUUGAUCGUCAGAUAAACUAUUUCUCUCUUCCAAGAUUCAAGCUCCAACAUCGUAACGUUUUAAAAAAGAUUGUCAAGUAAGUAAAUAGUGUGGCCGGUAUCCAUUACAACUGGAUAACAUCGUCAGUAAAAGAUGGUCAUUUUUUUUAUUCGUUAACCUUAAAAUCGUGAGUCGUGACCGGCCGAAAACUACUUGGUACAAAAGAGGAAACGAGCCUCGCUCUCGGAUAGGGAGGAGGGCGGGAGAGAGAGAGUGAGUGAUGGGAGGCACCGAGAUCUUGGUCCAAGGGCUGCUCCUGCUCUUCGCUCUGGGCAUCUUCUUGGGCCUCCGCUCGAUCCCUAGGCGGGCCCUCUCCGGCCUCCACCGCCGAUCCCACUCCUCCGCCGCCGCCCGCCGCCACUUCUUUCAGGGCGGUCAGCUCCUCGCUCGCGCCCGCUCCGCCCCCCCCGGCGCCCGCGCCACCUCCCUCGCCCGCUCCGCCGCCGACGAGGCCGAUCGCGCCAUCGCCCUCGAACCCCGCGACGCCGCCCACCACAUCCUUAAAGCCCUCGCUCUCGAUCUCCAGGGCCGCCUCCUCCCCGCCCUCCGCGCCCUGGACACCGCCCUCUCCCCGCCAGCCGCCAAGUCCCUCUCCCACCGCGAGCGUGGCGACGCUCUCGCGAAACGCGCCGAGAUCCAUCUCGCGGUCAACCGCCGCCGCCGCCUUGACCAAGCCCUCGCUGAUCUCCUCGAGGCCGUCCACCUCAGCCCCGACAACGCUAGGGCCUUCUCGCUCCUCGGCGAGUGUUACGAGCUCAAGGGGGCGGGGAUGGAGGAGGAAGCCAGGACGGCCUACCAGAACGCGAUUCGGAUCGACGCAUCGCUGGCCUCCGCUCGUGAGGGCCUCCGACGGUUGUCGGACUCUAAAAAGAUGGAGUCUUGAUUCUCGAGUCGAUCAAGGUUUGUAGCACAGAUUUUCUGUUGCUGAGGCAUUUCAGGAUUUGUGAUAUCUUUUCAUCUUUACAACGCUACUUCCAGCCGUAAUAUCUUAGUAUAUGAAAGCUAUCUGCUUAAUAUUUAAAUUUGUAAACUGCUAGUAUUCGAUUUGAGUUGUCAGUAUUUUGAUGUAAAUUGAUCCUUCGUAGAAAUAUAGUAUUUUGUCCUUUGCUGGUGUCAUGGAGUUUAUUGGUCCUUGGUAUUUCAUCAGAAGCCCUAUUUCUUUUGUUCUGUAAAUAAAAUGCCAGCAUGGCAUGUAAGAAAUACUGUUUUCAGAACCCUGAUCAAGUUCUGGUGGUUUUUGUGAAAUUGCAUUUUCUAUCUGUGGCUUCAGAUUUCUUCAACUGGAAUAUAAUAUAUUCUAUGUAUUGCUAUCAGUAUUGCUGGGGAAGUGAUUUUGGGGGUCUGAUCAUAGGGAAUAUAGGGUUCUUAUAAGAUCGAUGAUCACUUUCUUCAUGAUUGUUAUUGAGUGAUAAUGGACAAGUACAGCUUGUUUCUAUUAUCUUGACCGGCCAACAGCAUGCUCUUUUUUGGAAACAAGGGUGAAGGGAGAUAAUCUUGACCACAUGCCUUGAAAUGGGGAAGUAUAAGCAGGGUUGGUUAAUUCACCUAGGUCAAAAAAAGCUAUUGAGGCUAGAUAUUAUGGUUGUAGGCCUAGUAUAUGUAAAUAAUGACUUAAUUCUGGAACCUUUGUUAGCUAUAAAACUAGUAACAAAUGGAUACAGCUGGAGAUAUGCGGUUCUAGAAUUUACAUUGGUGAUAGCAUGGCGACAUAGGGCUGGUUGUUGCUUUACUUUUGUCGUGGGGUUCCAUACAUCAUUAAUGGCUCAGUUUUUUGCUGUGUGAAUAUAAAUGAGUCAUUUAUAUGUAACCUCAUGGAUGUCAUGGAGAAGCCGUAGUAACCAGAAUUUUGUCUGAUUAACACAAUUUUCAACCCUGCAGUAGCACUCAAUUUCAAGAGCUCUGGUUCCUUUAUGCUGCACCAAGUACUCUUGUAGACUCCCUUGUAAUUCAAGCUUCUUCAUAGAUCUUGCCUUCCUAAAAGUGGUUGGGCUUUGCUAGCCGUGUAAUGGCAACCUAUGGGCUUUCCCUCAGAACCUAUUUCCACUUGAUGUGAUAUGUAACACUAGUUUGAUGAACCUUGUUACAGGUGGUGAGGGACCGAGAAAGUAAAUGGUCAAAAGCUAAAAUUAUAAUUUUUUGACAUUCGCUUAUUAACUUAAUCAACAAUUCUGAAGUUACCUCAAUUUGGAAAUCAGCUGGCCUUGUAAUUUUGAGAUCAUUUGGUUAUAACUUACGGCUAAAAUAAGUCUUAUCAUAAACUUGUGAAAUUAAUUUUCUAAUAUCAUUAAUAUCAAUGGCUGAACUUCACUCUUUAAAGAACAACCUUGAAAUUCCUAAUUCUGUACAUAUAUAUAUAUAUAUACACCAUUAUUUGCUUUUGAACCAAUC